AGAAUCUGCUAUCGUUAUCGGAGAGAGCGCGUCGCCAAAGUUUUCACAAUUUGUGUUUAUUAUUUGCCGCUGUACGAAUUAAUACAGAAAAGACUGCCUUAAAAUGUCCGGUCUGGAGUCGUAUAUCAACCACACUGUGUCCAUCAUCACGGCGGACGGGAGGAACUUCAUCGGGACACUGAAGGGAUUCGACCAGACCAUCAACAUCAUCAUCGACGAGUGCCAUGAGCGCGUCUUCUCCACGACAUCCGGCAUCGAGCAGAUCGUCCUGGGACUGCACAUUAUCCGCGGAGACAACAUCGCCGUGAUCGGGCUGAUAGACGAGACCAUCGACUCCCGCCUGGAUCUGGCCAACAUCAGGGGCGAGCCGCUGGGCCCAGUGGUGCACUAGGAUAGCGAAUAAAACCAGUGAUUCUCAAGACUUAAA